AAAAAUAUAUUGUUUGAUUAGCGAACGCUGUAAACGCGUACAUUUUCGUCUCGAGAACAUAUCUCCGACGUUCAAAUUGUACGUGAUCGUUUAUUUGAAAUCAGUAAUGAUGAUAGUUUGUUAAAAUCAACGAUACACGAUAAAAUAAUUAUAUUACAAUAAUGUGAUCCUGAUCGCAAUAAUAAAUUCUGUGAUAUUGAAGAAGAGGAAGAAAUUGAAGAUAAGAGUGAGGUGAAAGUACUUCUGUUCGAAAAAAAAUCUAAUCUCGUGGCCAAACCAACGUGUAAUUAUGAUCAUGAAAAGAAACAGCUGCUUGAUAAUGUUGGAGACAUAAAAAUAAUCUAUACCGAACCGAUCGAUUCUGUCGCUAAGUCGCUUAUUAUGAAUGCAGACAAUUCAAUCGUAAUAGACGAUAUCACUAUGAUUGAAGAAAAGGUUUCUGUUGAUGAACAAUAUAAAGAAAAUUAUGCAGCCAUACCAUUCAAAUUUGACGAAAGGCUAAAAAAUUUACAAGAUACAAAAAUUCAGACAAAAGAAGUGGGAAAAAGUAUUCCUAAAAAAUCCGAAUCGAUUCCAUAUCCAGCAGUGUUACCUCCAUUGACUCAUGACUUACAGUCUAAAUCGGAAAAUAACGGUAUAUUAAAAGAACAACUAUAUUUUAUUGCAUUUUGGGGGCCAUACUUGUGGCAAGCUACAUCCACGAAACCUACAAAACAAGACUAUAAUAAUCUUGCAUCGAGCAUUGUUGUUGCGUAUCCACAACUUACCGGUGGUAAAGGUAGUUGUGAUAUUGUUAGAAAUCAGUUAAGCACAUGGAUUCGAAAUCAUCAGGCUGUUUUAAAAAAACAGACACUAAAAAGAGAUUAUGAAGGCAAGCCUGUAAAGACGCCAAUUGUUCUAGAAUCUGCUUUGUACAUUCAAAUAUCAUUUUUUAAAUUUAGACGUAAAAAAGAUAAUGUAUGAUUCUUAUUGUUAGUAUAACUUUUUUAGAAUACCGACAGAAUCUGAUAUAGCGAAUGCUCUUAAAGAAUUGGGAAAAAAUGUUGUGGAAAAUUACAAUACAUCACAUAUACAAAACGACUUUUAAAAAUUACAAUGUCCGUGCGGAGACAAUGGAUCGAGAAAGAAUCCAUUCGGAUUGCAGAAACCAUUUCAAAAUAUCCACCAUUAAGGGGUUAUACUCAGUUGGGAUGCGGAAAAUAAGAUGAUUUUCACGAUUUUUUUUAGCAGU